CCCGAACAACUAACCAUUAGCUAAAAGGAAAGAAAAAAACUCAGCAACCAUCCUUUGCCCCCAAAUCUCUGGCCUUGUCAUGACCAUGAGAUUACACUUCCUCAUACUCUCCUUCUUCCUAAUCCGUGGCAUAGCUGCCCCAUCUCCAAGAAAAUAUGAGCACAUUUUUAACUUUGGUGACUCCCUUAGUGACACCGGUAAUUUUCUUCUCUCCGGUGCCCUUGCAUUCCCAGUGAUCGGAAAGCUUCCUUACGGUGAAACCUUCUUCAGCCACUCCACAGGACGGUGCUCCGAUGGACGCUUGGUGAUUGAUUUUAUAGCCGAGGCAUUUAGUCUGCCGCUUUUGCCGCCCUAUUUAGCACUUACCAAAGGCCAGAGUUUUCAACAUGGAGUGAACUUUGCUGUGGCCGGAGCCACCGCACUCAAUUCAGAGUUCUUUCAUGAACAAAAAAUCGGGGCAAUUCUUUGGACAAAUGAUUCCUUGAGCGUUCAGCUUGGUUGGUUCAGGAAGCUCAAGUCCACCCUUUGCACCACCAAACAAGAUUGUGAUGAAUUCUUCAAGAAAUCACUUUUUGUGGUUGGAGAAAUCGGUGGAAAUGACUAUAAUUACCCCUUUUUCAUCGGUGGAAGCAUUGAACUGCUCAACUCUAUGGUGCCUCUUGUUGUUGGGGAAAUUAUCAACACGACCAGUGCAUUGAUAGAAGAAGGGGCGGUGGAGCUGAUGGUGCCCGGGAACUUCCCAAUUGGUUGCUCCGCCGUGUACCUGACCUUAUUUCAGAGCCCUAACAAGGCAGAUUAUGAUCCCCACGGUUGUUUGAAGGCGUACAAUGCUUUCGCAACGUAUCAUAACAAUCAGCUCAAGAAGGACCUAGAGAUGCUGAGGAAGAAGUACCCCCACACGAAAAUCGUUUAUGCUGAUUACUACAGCGCCGCAUUGCGUUUACUUCAUACCCCAAUGCAUCACGGAUUCUAUGGAGGGACUCUACAAGCUUGUUGCGGAGGGGGUGGACCAUACAAUUUUAAUUUCUCGGCAAGAUGCGGUCAUACUGGAUCCGUAGCAUGUGAAAAUCCAUCUGCUUAUUUAAACUGGGAUGGAAUUCACCUAACAGAGGCAGCUUAUCAUUAUAUUGCCAUGGGUUUGAUCAAUGGAACUUUUACUUCACCGCCUCUCAUGUCCCCUGCCCUGGGAGACAAAUAAAACCUUGAGCUGUAUUUGUGAUGUUUAGUUAGCUACCAGUGGUCAUUAAUAAACCAAACUAGAAUUGACUAAAAUUUCCAUCUUCUAGCUUGUUGUACUUUAUAUUUUUAAUAUAAAUAAAAAUUUUAU